AUGGCAAUUGUGCCACAACAAGCAUUUCCUUUGAACGAAACUGCAUUCCCGCUGGGCAGUCUCACUCAGAAAACACUGAAUUUUGACAGUAAACGCCGCAUACCAGUGAUCGAAUUGAGUAUCUUGGAUUGCACCGCUGAAGAACUGAACGCACUGCUACGGGAAGCCUGGAAACGACGACGAUUCGGAUCGAUGUAUGCGACAAAACUCGUUCAAACAAUUUCUAAUCCUUCCUCCUAA